AGGAGCUAACGGUUCGGCGCUCUCGGAGCUUCGUUAAUCGUCCGACAUAUCUCCUGGUACCUGUGUGACCUCUUGUUAUAUCUCAACUCAGAUACUACGUGUAUAAGCACAACGAUUCAACAUGGGCGACGCUUCAAUCCUUCACAUGCCAACCACCCUCAUAUUUGGUGGCAACGGCAAAACCGCCCGUCAAUUGACAACGAUCCUUCGGGACGCCGAUACCCCGCACACCAUCUUCAGCGUUAUCCGCAAUCCGGAACAGGUUCCGGACUUGGAAGCCAUCGGCGCAAAGCCAAUUGUCCAGGACAUUGCUACGGCUUCCGAGGUCGACUUUAUCAAAAUCAUUGAAGGCACCCGGCCUGACAUUGUGGUGUGGGCUGCUGGUGGCAAGGACCCCCAGUCUGCUGAGGCCGUUGACCGGGAUGGAGCCAUUCGCGCCAUGGAUGCCCUGGCCAAGGCCAGCGUGGUCGCCAAACGCUACAUCGUCGUCAGCGCCCUCGACGUCCGCGACCGAGACAGCAAGCCCGUUCCGGACUGGUACACCGAGGCCGAUGAGAAGCUCAGCGACCGCAUGUGGGGUAUCAUCGGUCCCAUUCUCCGGGCUAAGCUAGCGGCCGACACGGAGUUGAGGGUGGGGAAUGCGGAUCGCAAGCUCAACUACACCAUCGUGAGACCUGGUGGCUUGACUGAGGGACCUAGUACUGGGAAGGCACGAGCUGGAAAGGUUGGCACUGUGGGCAUGAUUCCCAGGGAAGAUGUCGCCAAGGUCAUCUACGCCGCGAUUCAAAACGAGAAGACCUACGGGCUGGCAUUCGAUGUGCUGGGGCCCAAGGACGACAGCCCAACAAUCAAAGAAGCUGUUUCACUGGUGGCAAAAGAUCACGAAGAUACGUUUGAAGGUUAUUAUUAGGCAAACAAAAUCAAUGAUUAUGACUCAUGAACGUCUUUCAAAUCAAAAGAUCAGGUCUCGCUGAAACCCUGCUUCUUAGGUCAGAAGCCGUGCAGUUGAGGGCUCAACUACUCAGGCAGUAGUUCCUUCUUCAGUCGACUUGGCCUUCAAUGGCUUUCGACCGUGUAUCGCCCAGCUGUAGAGUGUCAGUAUUGAGACAAAAUUCGCCCAUGGGCGCCGAGAGUAGGGCAUUCUUCUUACACUGUGAAGUAAGCGUGGACACU